CAAUCCACAGUUCUAUUUUGUAUCCAAAAACGUCCAUUAGAAGCAUGCUCGACUCCAUACACCACUGUAUUUUGGUUUUCAUUGUCAGUCACUUUGAAGUUAAUCGACCUACUACAACUAGCACGUGUGCAGACUUUCGUAAGGCGUAGGCAGUUACCUAACAAUAUGGCGGAUCAUAUUCAAGCUAAGCUUGUAACUCAGGAUGAGAAAUAUAAGAUUGCAGAUACCAUGUUUGAACUGCCGGGAGAAGUAACUGUUACAGAAUUAACAAAUCUCGUAAAUAAAGUUUUGAAGGAAGGAGUCAAAGAUGCGAUAGAGGAUGAAAAUGAAUAUCAAAAUAUGGAAUUUGAUUUUCUUGUGAAUGGAGAAUUUUUGAGAAUUCCACUUAACCAAUAUAUCGAGAAUAAAGGUAUAUCGACAGAAAAGGUUGUGGAAAUUGAAUACAUUUUGAAACAAGAAAGUCCGAAACCAGAAGAUCAAUUUACACAGGAUGAUUGGAUUAGCAGUGUACAAAGUACAAAAGAAUUCAUUUUGACAGGAUCGUAUGAUUGCACUGUAUCAAUUUGGAAUAUGGAUAGUUCAAAACCUUGUAUAUAUGGUUUCGGUCAUACAGAACCUGUAAAGGCAGUAUCAUGGGUAAAUCGUGUCAAUAAUGAUAAGACUGCUUAUUUGAUAAGCUCAUCCCAGGACCAAAGUGCCAUAUUAUGGCAAUGGGAAAAAGGUGAAGAAACUGUAAAACCUUUAUUUUGCUGCCGGGGUCAUUCUAAAAGUGUUGAUUGCGUGUCAGUUCAUCCUGAAAUGGAAACCUUUGCUACCGGUUCAUGGGACAGUUCAAUAAAAUUAUGGUCGACAUCUCCUGUUCCACAAGAUGACUCAAAUGAGCCAGAAGAUUUUCGGAAAGCAAGAAACAAGAAAAAACGUCAGCGUAUAGAGCAGCGGGGUGUUACAAGAGUUCCGAAAUCGACAUUAGCAGGUCAUCGAGAAGCAGUGUCAUCACUUGUAUGGUUAUCAUCUUCUGAUUUAUGCAGUGUGUCUUGGGAUCAUACAAUCAAUGUUUGGGACAUAAAUGAGGGUAAAGAAAAAUUAAACUUGCGUGGAGCAAAAGUAUUCUUAGCAUGUGACUACUCUUUUCAUAGUAAUCUACUUGCGACCGGAAGUUCGGAUCGGCAUAUCAGAAUUUGGGAUCCACGAGGAAAAGAUGAAAUAUUCUCUAAAGGAUCUUUAAUAAAAUGUAAUCUAACUUCACAUACUGGAUGGAUCACCUGUGUAAAGUGGUCACCCAGUAAUCAAUAUCAACUAGUGUCUGGAUCUCUCGAUUAUACAGUAAAAUUAUGGGAUAUACGAAGUCCGCAAACUCCACUUUUUGAUGUGAAUGCACACCAAGAUAAAGUUAUGUGUUUGGAUUGGAGUAAUGAUGACAUUAUAUUCAGUGGAGGUGCAGAUAAAAAUUUGUACAAGUUUCGAUACAAUUCUGUAUCAUGAAAAUAAAUACAGAUUUUUAAUCUGAGUAUUCUCUUAAUAAUAGGAAUAAGAUUUGAGCCUAUGAAUUCACAUUCUAAGUCUGACUGAAUGUCUGCAAUGUUUUAAACAUCAAUUUCUAUCCUUUGAUGAUUUGGCUCACUUUAGCAAGAGAAUGGAUUCUAAAUAUUAUGAGACGAAAUGUAAUCAAUACCAGCUUCCUAACGCUUAGCACGAUGCGCAACACUGCCGAGUCACUUUCCAUGUGAAACAAAUGUUCACCAAGAAUAGUUCACGCUUAUCAACUUCUCUUUGGAUCAUUGUUCAAAAGAAAUUUACAUCAUAUAUUUAAACCAUCUUCCGAUAAUAUGUGACUUCAAAAAUAUUCUACCUAUUUGUGUCCAUGCCUCCGAAAACAAAUAACUACUGUAACUUAUCCCAUACCCGACAUGAAAUGGUAACCGGACGAGAGGCCGUGGUUCGCCAUAGGGUUAAGCCGGCUUAUCGACUUUCCUCUGCCCUGGGAUAAAUAUGUAAAUCCUAUCCUAACAUCCCAAACCAUGGAAUUACAGAAUUUAAAUAACCUUGGUUGCUAAUUGCUGUAUUGCACAAGUUCCUCUAUAUGGCGGUAAAUUUUAUAGAUGAGACAUGAAUCGAUGUUUGGCAUAAACGAUUAUGAUAGUAUGUUUGUAAAUAAAAUCAGUCAGUCGAAAUUAUUUAACCUAAA